CACGUUCCCGCCAGCAAAAAAGAUGGCGUUUUUUUUCAAUUUGACAGAAAUCCCACAUCAACAAGCAAAGCAUCAAACUAUUCUCCCUUUAUUUCGCUUCCUUUUUCGUUUAUAUAAUUCUCUACUUCUAAAUAACUGCCAUAAACGUCUACCCUUUUCUUUACAGCCUCUCGUUAUAGUUAUACGGAUUACAGACCUUCUUCAACCAUCGGUACGCCUUGAGUAUCUAUUUAUCGAAGGUUUUUUUCAAAAUCUCAAGUGUUUUCGUCUUUCUUUAGAUAAUCUGUUACCAUUUUCCUCCCUUGCCAGUACGAAUUGUGGGUUUUAGUUUUUUUUUUUUAUAAUUUUCUUCCCGGUUAGGGUUUCAAAUCUUGUUGGGUUUCCCUUUUUUUUUGUUGGGGAACCUUCAUUGAUUAAGGAUCUAUGGAUUCUGAGAUCUCUAACAAUGGGGAAAUUCCUGCUGUUGAUACUGAUGAGCAUGAAAAGGAAAAACUUGAGCAAACAAUAACAAAAUUAGAAGGAGAAGUAGAGGGAUUGAGAGACAAGAUGAGGUAUUUAGACAAUAAGAGAAAAGAAGCAUUGAACAAGGUUUUGGACAUGAAAGGCUGCAUUAGAGUGUUCUGUCGCAUUCGACCAAUUUUGUUGGUUAAAAAGAAGCAAAACUGUCAGCCUCUUGCGGUGGAAUCUGAUAAGGUUGCUGUUGAAUCUAGUGGGAGUAGAAAAGAAUUCGAAUUCGACAAAGUAUUCCCUCCUGAAGCAACCCAAGAUGAUGUUUUUGCCGAAGCUGAACCGAUCCUAACAUCUGCGUUAGAUGGACACAACGUUUGUAUUCUGGCUUAUGGACAAACAUGCACCGGAAAGACAUUUACUAUGAAUGGAACAAGCAAUUCACCGGGGAUAGUUCCUCGGGCUUUAGAAGGCCUCUUUUGUCAAGCCUCAUUGGAUAAAUCUGCCUCGUUUACGUUUUCAAUUAGCAUGUUGGAAGUCUAUGUGGGUAAUCUAAGAGAUCUUUUGGCUCCUAAAGCAUUUCGUAGAGCUUAUGAAACAAUACCAAGACAUGAUCUCACCAUCCAAACGGAUACAAAAGGAAUGGUGGAAAUAGAAGGUUUAACUGAAGUGGAGAUAUCGAGUAUCAAACAGGCAAAUUGGUGGUAUUCAAAAGGGACACAAGUGCGGUCCACUUCUUGGACAAAUGUUAACCAGGCUUCGAGCAGAUCGCAUUGCUUGACAAGGAUCACAAUUUUCCGUCAAGACGAAACCUUGGGAGGGAAGAAGAAGGAAGUGAGCAAGUUAUGGCUCGUAGACCUUGGAGGAAGUGAACGUGUCCUAAAGACAAAGGCCACCGGCCUAACACUUGACGAGGGUCGGGCUAUAAACCUUUCACUUUCAUCCUUGGGCGAUGUUAUUGCGGCUCUUAAAAGAAAACGAGCCCAUGUGCCAUAUAGAAACAGCAAGCUUACUCAAAUUCUGAAAGAUUCCCUUGGUGAUGGGUCCAAAGUUCUAAUGAUUGUGCACGUAAACCAGUCUGCAGAUGAUCUUGCCGAGACUGCUUGCUCGCUCGGCUUUGGGACAAGAGCUAGAGCAGUUGAAUCCCAUAAGGAAUUAUCAUCUGAACUGAAGAAACAAAAGGAAACAAGGCUGAUUGAGCUUGAAGAAGCAAUGAGAAAUGCCCAAGAGGAAUACAAAGAAGUUGGUUCCCAAAAACAAAAGGCUGAUUCCUUAUUAAAGGAAGCUAAAACGCAUUACUCCAAAAUGUACGAGCCAUGUGAAGAAAAGGAAACUGAUGACUUGGCAGGAAUCCUCAUCCCACAAUUGGCUGAGAAGUCGACGAAGAAAAAAGUCACCAACUCUGCCCCACGGUUCAUGAAUUCCACAUCAGCCAGCCGUGAAAGGCAGAACGUUGUAGAGAAAGAGUUCGAAUCUCGAGCAAGAAUAUUGAAAUCUUGGUAUAAGGUUUCGAUCCAAACUUCAUUGAGUUCACAUUCAAUAAGGUACUCUGAUCCACAUUUUAGAUUUCCUUUGAGAAAUUCAAAGAUGUCUCAACUAGGACUAGGAGACAUGAAAGCUCCUCUUGGCGAAAGCACGAAAUGUAAUAUUUCGUAUGUUCAGAAGACCAUGGAAACAAUGGUGGUUGCAUCUAACAUUCCGAACUCUACUAAAGGCUCGAAUUUUCAUCGGAAAAGAAGAAUGUCUGAUUUCGUCUGAUAAAAGGGUAUUUUCUCUAAUCUUUUAUGAGUUCUAAAAUGCAAAAAUGCAAUUUUUUUUGGUGUUGUUUGAUUGUCUAAAUGCUUACAAAGUGGUUGUAAAUGUUUGAAAAUUGGUUGUGGUUUGGUUUUGAAAUGUAAAAUUGUGGUUUAAAGAUUCA